UGUAGUAUAUUUAGAAGAGAAAUUGUUGGUCUUGCUGCAGCGCAUUAUUUUUUCGACACAUACAGAAAGAAUUUGCGAGCCGCAGAAAGUCGGAAUUUUCAGUGCCAAUAUUAAAAUUAGUCAAUAAACGUGCACUACACUAAAAAGCCGUAUAAAAAGUUGGUGACUUUGUCACAAGCAAAAGGCAGUCACAUAAUUGGCGUAAUUAUCCGAUUAUCCGCUCCUGCUCAUGAGUAUUCAUAGAGAAGGAGCUGAUCUCGAUCGAAUUACAGUCAAAAUCCACAAUAUGAAGCGCAGCGCAUCCCGCUCACCAGGUAGAGGCAACCUCGUUCGUAACUCACGCAGCAUGGGUCGCGGCUAUGACAAUGGCGGUGGUGUUCCCGGGGAUUCACCCGAACGCAUUUCCCCUGAGCGCAUGCGACGUCGCUUGGAGCGUUCGCCAAGUCCACGCGGCCGUUACGGAUCACCGCAUCGGGAGCCAUAUAUGCGUGGUCCUCCAGCUGCCGAGCGCCCGGCUGGCUAUAAGGUGUUGUGCGUUAGCGCUUUGCCUCCAAAGGCGCCGGAUGAGUUUAUCGAGGAGACACUAUACCGCGAAUAUAAGAAGUUUGGUGAUUUCAGCGUUAGACUGGCACACGAUCUGGACGAGCGUGUAGCCUACGUGUGCUUUCGCACGCCCGAAGAUGCACGCGAGGCAAAGCAUCAUAAGCCACGACUGAUCAUAUACGAUAAGAUGGCAAUUGUUGAACCCGUUUAUAAGUCGACAACGCGGCCGGAGUACAGACCGCGUCAUUCGAUGUCGCCACCGGAUUAUGAACGCUAUCACUAUUCCCGCUCGCCCAUGGGACCGGGAGUUCCCUUGGACCAUCGUCGUCCACCCAUCGAUCCUUAUGAUCGCUAUGGUCCACCCAUUCAUCCGCAUGCGGUGCAUCCACGUGAAUAUCGUCCCAUGCACCAUGAGUAUCCACAUCCACCGCGUGGCCCACCGAUGGGUCAUCGCGGUCAUCCACAUGCCCAUCCCCAUCAUUUGCAUGGACAUCCGCCGCCACAUCAGUAUGCACCAAUGCGUCCGAUGGCUCCAAGACCGCAUGUACCCUACGAGAAACCCGAGAGCAAAAAGGAUAAGUUUCCCAACUAUUUGCAUCACGUACAGCCCGAGGAUGAUCCACUAUCGACGCGCACGCUCUUCGCCGGAAAUCUGGAGGUUACCAUUGCCGAUGACGAGCUGCGUCGCAUCUUUGGCAAAUAUGGUGUGGUCGAUGACAUUGACAUUAAACGACCGCCACCUGGCACCGGCAAUGCGUUCGCCUUUGUACGUUAUCAGAAUCUUGACAUGGCUCAUCGUGCCAAAAUCGAGCUGUCUGGCCAAUACAUUGGCAAAUUUCAGUGUAAAAUUGGCUAUGGCAAAGUGACGCCGGCCACACGCAUGUGGAUUGGCGGUCUGGGUGCCUGGACAUCGGUGACACAGCUGGAACGUGAGUUCGAUCGUUUUGGUGCCAUCAAAAAGAUUGAAUAUCAGAAGGGCGAACCCUAUGCCUACAUUCAGUACGAAACAGUUGAAGCUGCCACCGCCGCUGUGAAGGAGAUGCGUGGCUUCCCCUUGGGCGGUCCGGAGCGUCGUCUGCGCACAGAUUUCGCCGAGUUGCCGGGCGCAACACCAGCGGCUCCUUUUAAGACUGCCAAGCCAGCAUACGACGAGAGCGCCAUCGAGUACAGACGACCCGAAUACGAUCCCUACUACGAGGAGCAAACGGUGUAUGCGCCCCGCGGUGGCUACUCACCAUAUCCGCCGCGUGGUGGUUACCGUGGUCGUGGUGGUGGUUAUCGUGGCCGUGGACGUGGCAUGUAUCAUUAUCACAACGAUGUGCACAGGCCACCGCAUCCGAGUGCCAUGGGUGGUGUGUCAUCAUCGGUGCCGCCACCUGGUGGUGCAGACGAUGAAUGGCGUCGUCCCCCCGGCGAGUCAUACGAUCGUGCUCGCUCCAGUUCUCGCGAGCCGGGCGUCGAGCGUUCCCGCUCCCGUUCGCCAUUAAAGCGUGCACGUUCGCCCGGCUCCGAUUCAGAUACGUCGACGCGCCGCAACGAUGCACUAGGUUCGGCAGCUACGGUGCCCGAGGUGGCGCGCAAGUGCAGCACAAUUUGGACUGGUGCGCUCAUCCUAAAGAGUUCCUUAUUCCCGGCGAAGUUCCAUUUGACCGACGGCGACACGGACAUUGUGGAGUCGCUGAUGCGUGACGAGGAGGGCAAGCAUAAUUUGCGCAUUACACAGAGAUUACGUCUUGAUCCGCCCAAGUUGGAGGAUGUGCAGAAGCGUAUUGCUUCCUCAUCGUCGCAUGCCAUUUUCAUGGGCCUCGCUGGCUCCACAGUGGAUACGGAUUGUGAUGAUGCCAGCGUACAGACGCGGCCAUUGCGCAACCUCGUCUCGUAUCUGAAGCAAAAGGAAGCAGCUGGCGUUAUAUCACUGCUAAAUAAGGAGACGGAAGCCACAGGCGUGCUAUACGCUUUUCCGCCGUGUGACUUCUCAACAGAUCUGCUGAAGCGCACCUGCCACAGCCUCACCGAGGAGGGACUGAAGGAGGAUCAUCUGGUCAUUGUGGUGGUGCGUGGUGGCACCGCCUAAAGACAAACUGUGGGCUACAUAGAGAUUGCUGCUCACAGUGCUCAGCAAGAGAAAAGAGGAGAACUGCAGGAAGAUUCUGCAGAUACGUAAUAUAUAUAUAUGCAUAUACAUAUAUAACAUAUAUAUGAUGCAUAACUAGAUGUCGUAGACUUACACAACAACAACAAUAUACGCAGCAUACAUAGAGAUGUAUGUUGCUGUAAUUGGUAGAAGCAUAAUUCAAAUCAAGUUACAAUUAACAUCCUAUGAUCCCUUGGAUCAGAAAACACGCAAGCAAUUAACCAACUUAGAGACACACACACCAACUCGAUUUCAAAUGAUGUCGAAGUCGAUGCGAGCUGAGUUUUUCUAUUUUUUAUUAAUCCAAUAUUAAUUAUUGUUCUUUUUGCAGACCAAUCGAAUCAUUGUUAUGAUCUUGCAUAAUUCUGAUUAUUAACUAUUCUCUGUGUAGUGAGAGUGUAAAAGUUGUUGCAGUUUAAAUAAUUUAUACAGUUUAACAGUUGCAGUUUCUUUUUUUUUUUGUAUAUAUUACGAUUGUGCCAAAAGUAUUCAAAUUCUAAUUAUUUAUUUUUGUAUUCACUAUUAUUAUAUACAACAAAGAAAAACAGUGUAAUAAUUUUUGCUUUGUAUUUAUCAUAAAUUUUUUGCAAAUUUCUCCAUGUACAAUUUGUGCAAUCUAAAAAAUAAGCAACAAAUCAAUCCUGAAACCAACAACAACAACAAAAACAAAAAGUUUCAAAACAAAAGCAGUUAAAAAUUAUGUAAAAAAACAAGAAAAAAAAGAAAAGUUUUGUGUUACCUUCUUUUGUAUUGUGUUAAUAAGUUUAAUCAGUUUUGAGCGUUAUCGUUUGGUUUUGGAAAAAAAAAGUUUUCGUUUUUGUGAAAAAAGAAAAAAAGAUAAAGUGGAAAAAGUGACCACCACCAUGAUAUAUGAGUCUCAUAAAGUGAAUCUGUUUUCUUAAGGAUCCCUUGCAAAAUCCCUAGGUAUGAUGUGUGUUUAUUAUUCAAAAGUGGUUGACUCUAUUCUUAUCCUUAUACUAUAUACAUAUAUGUAGAUUGCCUAUAUAUAUAUAUCAAUCAAUCAUGAUUUUUGUGCAGUGACCUGAUCCGAUCCGAAAGAAAGUUUUUUGUAAUGUUUCGAGCGUACUCCGUAGUUCCGUUCCUGUUCCUUAUGUCAUGUUCUUUCAUUUUUCCAUCCGAAGAGAAAACGUCGUGUAGCAUUUGUUUCAAAAUGUUUGAAUUGUUUAAAUGGGUUUUGCAAAUGUUACAUUGGUUUUCUUAUGGUUGCUCUUCAAAAACAACAACGAUCAAUCCAAUCAGUUAAUCAAUAACAAGUUCAGUUCUGUGUCAAUCUCGAUAGUGGUGUAUUCAAAUAUAUCGACAGUGUCACAAUUUAAUUGAUUUAUAUACUUUAUUUACUCAUGAUGAUCCCAAAACUCUCUCGUUCCGAAAAAUGUGUGAGUGUGUGCCUGUGCGUGCAUGUGUGUGGCCACUAUAUAUACACAUAUAUAGUACAUAUAUAAAAUUUAUACUGUAUUUAUGAAACUCCCUUAAUAACAGAUGAAGAUGUAUACACAAGUUACAACAACUAUUUAUCGUAGAAAAUGCUGAAAUGCAAGUAAUUACAUUGAAUUUGUGAGUUGAUUGAAAAAACUGAAUAAUGCUGCAUCUUAAUUAUGCUUCACCAUAUUAUAUAUCUAUUAUAUUAAAAUAAAUAUUCAAAUAAAUAUGAACAAUCCGAAAUCGA